CAGCUUCUGGUUUUGCUUUCAAGCACGCUCCUGCUGAAUCGCCUGCCCCCCUGCACACAAAAGCAGCGUGGCUCACAUACUCUCAAACAGUCUUACUUGCGCACACACCAGCCGCUGUCACUCUCAGGGAAGAAUCACACGCAUACACAUCUUUCACCUCACCACCUGGGACUCCAACAAGAGCACCUGCGAGGCAGCCGCUCGAGGAGGUCUACAUGCACGCUUUGCUGGAGAAACUCAUCUGAAGAAGAGGCUGCUGUCAGCACUGCCUGCUGGCUGUGCGCGUCGUGAGUGUGACUUUGUGAGAGGACCUCUACCUGUCACAAUGUCGGACGAGGAGUGCCGCUCGCCCAUCGGCUUGGACUGCUGCAGCUGCUGCCUGGACCUGGCCAACGGCUGCGAGCCCGAGCCAGGACGUCCUGGCCACGCCAGCCUGGGCAGCCCCACCUCCGUCAACCACUUCAGGCAGCUCCGCGACCAGCUACUUUUCCACAACCUCAACACAGACAAGCUCAACAACAUCAUGAGGCAGGACUCGCUGGAAUCGGUGGUCCGGGACCCCUGCUACCUGCUCAACGAGGGCAUCUGCAACAGCAACAUUGACCAGACCAUGCUGUCUAUCCUCCUCUUCUUCCACAGUGCCUCUGGUGCAAGCGUUGUGGCCAUAGACAACAAGAUCGAACAAGCAAUGGAUCUUGUGAAGAACCACCUGAUGUAUGCAGUCAGGGAGGAAGUGGAGAUCCUGAAGGAGCAGAUCAAGGAGCUGGCUGAGAAGAACAACCAGCUGGAGCGCGAGAACAGUCUGCUAAAAAACCUGGCCAGCCCAGAGCAGCUGGAGAAAUUCCAGUCACGCCUUCCCUCGGAGGCCCUGCUGCCAAUGGAGGCCCAGGACCUGGAGGCCUCUGAGCAGGGCGGCCAGUACAGCGGCAUGGGCUCCGCUGUGUAAGUGGCUCUGCCAUGGGGCGGGCAGAGCCACAGCUCUCACCUGAAAUGGACCUCCUGAGUCGCCGUCAUCGUUGUUGUUGAAUGCGCAACUUCUGCACGAAGCUGGCUGUACAGACGAAAAAGAACCUGACCAAAAACGAAAGAUUACGAUGUUCCAGUGGCCUUGCGUGUUCUGUAAUAUCCGACAAUCUCUUCGGACUAACACGGAAAAAGAGUGCCGUAGACGUCCGUACAAUGGGACCACCAGCCAUGCUGCAGGGGACCCGGCCUAGCCUUUCUCUCACUCCCUGUAAAUGAGGAGGAGGAGAAGGCACUCGUCUGACGGGGCUGUCCCGGCAGCCUGAAGCCGUGAAGCACCACGGCCCACAACGCUCUUGGCUAGUCCAAGCGAAGCCAAGGACACGUUCCCUAAGAGACUCUCUUCCAGUCUCACAAGAGCCCCACGUGGAGUUCUCACUGCUACAAGCUACUUGGGGUCACACAAGGCUCCGUCCUUGACUGACUAUACCUAACUCAUAGUCUCGCAUUAGUGGUCCCUCGUAAACAAGACCACAAUGUAGUUUGAAGACUGUUGAACUGGACUUUUGCAAGACACUGGUCCUCAGUGGUGAUUUUUACCAUAUGAUUCAUAAGAAUUACUUAUUCUCUGCAGUUGGGGCUUGCUGCUUAUAGGGGAAAUACUUUUUUUGUAACUGAACAAAAUCAACUUGUUUAUAUGCUCUAUGUAUAAACUGAUUGUUUUGUUGGGGUAGAAAUGUAUGUAUACAUUUUGCUUAGUUCUGUAAAUAGCAGAUGAUGUAAAGUGAAGUGCUUUGGAAUGAUGGAGAGGAGCCUUUUGCUCUUGUUGCAUAUGCACUCCUGAUAGACCUGAUUUUGUGUUCUUUUGAUGCCAACUUACCCGCUGGCAGGAUUGUGUGUAUGCGUUUUUGUCUGAAGAGGAGGACCACAUGCUCCUUGAUUUAACUGUUUUCUAACUACCAAAGACUUGCCUCAUACUCACAAGCCAACCAGGACCAUGUGUUUGUACACAGGACAAAGGCAUUUUUUUUGGUCCACAGACUAUAAAACAUGGGUAUUGUUGCUUCACUGUGUCCAUGGAAAAGUGUUUUUUUCAAUGAUGUAUGGAUACAGACUGCACACUGCAAUAAACCUUAUGUUUACACUAAA